AAGAAGAGGUCUGUCGUAGAGCAAUCUAUUUCCUCUGAACUCAGUCGGAAACACCGCCAUCCGCUGCCACGAUCGAGAAUGGCUUCAAUUUCUUAUUUCAACCGAUUACCAGCCAAAAAUUUCUAUAUAUCCGCGCAGAAUUCAAAAUUCACAUCGAAACCGUCUCUUUCUCCUGUGAAUGUAAUCAGUUUCUCGGCUAAAAUCGCACCACAGAACUCCAAUUUAAACACAGAACUUUCGAAGCUGAAGCAGAAAUUUUCGGUCCGAGCAGUGAACGAUGAUGAGUGGGGUCCAGAGAAAGAGCCGGAUGCAUCAGCGGUAGCAGUGGCAGAGGAGGAGCCACCAAAGGAGCCUGCUGAAAUUGACAUACUGAAGAAGCAAUUGGUGGACUCUUUCUAUGGUACAAACAGAGGUUUGACUGCCAGUAGUGAGACGAGGGCGGAGAUUGUUGAGCUGAUCACUCAGCUUGAGGCGAAAAAUCCGACUCCGGCACCCACCGAGGCUCUGACCAGGCUCAAUGGAAAAUGGAUUCUUGCGUAAGUUCCAAUAUACUUUUUCCUCUAACCGGAAUAUGAAAUUGAUUUUAUUAUAUUGAAUUUCUGCGGUGGGCCUAAUUUGUUGAUAUUAGUAUUUGUUUUGAGUUUUUCAAGCAAAAAUUUCAAUUUCGUGAACCAAAUGUGUUUUUAUAUUAAGAUCCUGUUGAACAACAUCACAUGUGGUCAUCGAUUAAACCCGGUAGAAAAUUAUUAAUAAAGAGAAGAUGAAUGAGAAAAUGUUAAAAUUUGUCUGUUAUAUCACUGGAAGGAUUCAGCAAAGCCAGAUGAUCAAUAUAUAUGGAAUUGCUUCUAGAGUCUGGAGAUGCAGACCAUGGAAAUGGAUAUAUGUGUAUACACCUGUUUAUUUUUCAAUGGUAGUAGUGAAUAAUGAGAUGAUUUAGUUCAUGCUGCUCUAUACAACUUUUCACUUGGUUUCUAUGAUGAUGGGACCAAUAAUCAUGUAUCCUGGCAGUGGAGUUUGUAUUUUGCCUCAUUUUUAAAUCUAUCCAACGCCAUUGAUAAAUAUGAAGGUCCUGACUCCUGUCCUCAC